AUGAAGAAACAUAAAUCCAACAUCAAGUACGAAGACAAAGAUGAGAAUCCUUUUUUAUUGUUCAAAAUGAAAAUGUCAAAAAAACUAUCAAAAUCAUUUCCAAUAUCCUUUUAAUAAUUAGGCAUGAAAUCUUGCCUCUAAAUUAUAAUAGUAAAUGAAAGAUUAUCUCUGUCUUACAAUCUAAUUUAUUUAGAGAUCGAUGCAAUUAAAUCAAUUUAAGAUUAUGAAAAUUAAAUAUUGAAUAUGAAUAACUUAAAUUUACACAUUCUACUUAAUAUGAAUAAUGAAUCUAAUAACUUAUAAUAAAACUUUAUGCCUGUGAUUAUUAAUUUAAUCUUUAGUUUUUUAAGAGUAUUAUGA